AACAUGUGCGACCUCAAUUGGUGUCCCGUGUGCGAAACCGCGAUCUCACCCCACUCGUCAUCUUUGUAUUGUUCACACCACUGUUUUCAGUUGGACGCACUAGGACCGUCUACAGGUUUAUCGCUGAAAGCGUCUUAUCAAUCCACAGCUAGCCUAUCCCCUAAGCCUGCGUUAUCGCUAGCCCCUAUCAAGCACUCAUCCCGAGCCAACAUGACAUGAGGUGCUUUUUUGUAAACGUACAAGAUCGCCCAUGUGCACAUCUGUCUUUUAUUCUACUGUUCAUAAUAAACCAUCCUUCAUUCCAAGGUGUUGCUUUUGCAUUUCGUCAUUUGAGCAACGCACAGGGUCACUCCAACGUUAGUCAGAUGUGUAUAUAAGUACUAUAAACGCAGCAGGCUGAAAACCCUAUCAUGGUCGUGGAUUACCCAAUAUGGC